CAACAAAAUAUAUUCUGUAAAUUAUUUGUUUUAACACUUCUUAAGCUAAAAUGUCUUCCAAAUGGAAAGUAUUAGGAAUAUCCGGAGUAACAUGUGGUGGGAAGUCUACUUUGGCCGACCGUUUGCAGCAACAGCUCGAACACUGUGUUAUCAUAAGUCAGGACCAAUUCUUUAGAGCCGAUGACGACCCCAACCAUGAAUGGAUUGACGUGAGCCCUACCAUCAGACACCAGAAUUGGGAGAGUAUGGCAAGUAUGGAUUGGGAGGCCUUUGCGCGAGCCAUCGAUGUCGUGUUGAGCAAAGAGCCGCCCAACCACUCGGCCCUUCUCAUCAUCGAAGGCCAUAUGAUUUACAAUUAUAAGCCCAUUUGUGACUUGUGUGACAAGAAGUUCUUCUUAACCCUCGAGAAGGACCAAUGUUUCGCACGAAGGGAUAGUCGCACUUAUUUACCGCCCGAUCCCAUCGGAUAUUUUGACCGCUGGGUUUGGCCCUUAUAUUUGCAGAAUAUGGAGCACAUGAAGAGCAUCCAAAAUGAUAUCCCAAUUGAAUAUUUGGACGGAAAUUGUGACCAAAAUAUCAUUUUUGAAACAGUAUUACAAGUCGUCAAACAAUUGUUUCAAUGAUUGCCUCAAUACUACUAGUAGUUUACUAAUAGACUAUUAGUAAUAGUAAAUUACUAUCAAUUAAAGCAAGUCUUCCACAAAUGAUUAUAUUUUUAUAUUUUCAUAUAAACUCAG